AUGAGUGGAUAUACAGACGAAGUUGCCCGAGAGACACACGAUCUCAUCCACAAUGCAGAGGAGGAGGAGCAGAAGGCUCAUCCUGGCCAUAACCUGACGCAACCUGACUCUGGAGAAGACCCAGCUGGUCUCGGAUCAUCAUCCACGUCCGAUCAGAAGCACCCUCAAGGUCGAAAAUCCAGUACAUCCAAGAUCGGAGACAAGGUCAAGGAGGUGUUCCACAUGAAGAAAUAA